UCUUUUCUCUCUUUUAUUUGUGUGGAAGCAAAAGAGGGAGAAAAGCCACACACAUCAACUUUUUCUGUUUCACUUGUGCAUCCAAACAACGUAACCAUGUGUGGCAUUCUGGCUUGUCUUUGGUGCUCUGAUGAUUCUGCAGCCAAACGGGCUCGCAUCAUCCACCUUGCUCAAAGGCUGAAGCAUCGUGGUCCAGACUGGAUCGGAGUGUUCCAACACGAAGGCAACUUUCUGGCUCAUCAGAGAUUGGCCGUUGUGGAUCUCACCUCGGGAGAUCAGCCUCUCUUCAAUGAAGACAACUCUAUCGCCGUCAUUGCGAAUGGAGAAAUAUACAAUCAUGAAGACCUGAGGAAACAGUUGCCCAACCACAAAUUCCGAACCAACAGCGACUGUGAAGUCAUUGCCCAUCUGUAUGAAGAGUAUGGAGAGAACUUUGUGGACAUGCUUGAUGGCAUUUUCUCCUUCGUGCUGCUGGACACUCGUACCAACAACUUCUUGGUUGCUCGAGACGCCAUUGGAAUCACUUCCCUCUACAUUGGCUGGGCUGAAGAUGCCUCGUGUUGGGUUUCAUCAGAAUACAAGACAAUGCACGAAGACUGUGAGCACUACGAGAGGUUUCAGCCUGGGACUUUGUAUUCCAGCAAAGACAAAGGGUUUCGCAGAUGGUACAAUCCUCCAUGGUUCUCUGAGGCCAUUCCUUCGACCCCUUAUGACCCCAUGCUUCUCAGGACAUCCCUUGAGAAGGCUGUGAUAAAGAGGUUGAUGACAGAUGUGCCUUUCGGUGUGUUAUUGUCUGGAGGUUUGGACUCAUCACUGGUUGCUUCCAUCACUGCUCGUUACUUGGCUGACACCAAAGCAGGCAAACAGCUUGGCACCACCAUCCAUUCCUUCUGCAUUGGCCUUGAGGGAUCACCAGAUCUGAAAGCUGGGAGAGAGGUAGCAAAUUACUUAGGAACAGUGCAUCAUGAGUUCCAUUUCACCCCUCAGGAUGGGAUUGAUGCCAUUGAAGAUGUGAUCUACCACAUUGAAUCCUACGAACUAACAACUGUGAGAUCAAGCAUCCCCACAUAUCUGAUCUCUCGUAAGAUUAAAUCACAUGGGAUCAAGGUUGUCCUGUCUGGAGAAGGUUCAGAUGAGAUCUUUGGCGGCUACUUGUACUUUCACAAGGCACCCAAUAAGGAAGAAGCCCACCAAGAAAUGUGCCGCAAGAUCAAGGCUCUGCAUCAAUAUGAUUGCUUACGAGCAAACAAAGCAACAUCUGCUUGGGGACUGGAGGCUCGAUUCCCUUAUUUGGAUAAGGAAUUUGUAAACGUUGUUAUGAACAUUGAUCCUGAUUUCAAGAUGUCUGGACACAGACGAAUUGAGAAGUGGAUUCUUAGGAAUGCCUUUGAUGACAAGGAACGCCCCUAUCUCCCACAGCAUAUUUUGUGGAGACAAAAGGAGCAAAUGAGUGAUGGUGUUGGCUAUAACUGGAUCGAUGCCCUCAGGGAACAUGCUGCCAAACACGUCACUGACAAAAUGAUGCUUAAUGCUGCGCGUACCUACCCACUUCACACCCCGGCUACCAAAGAAGCAUAUUACUACAGAAUGAUCUUCGAGAAAAUCUUCCCUAAGCAACCUGCGAGGCAGACCAUACCAUGGGAACCAACAGUGGCAUGUUGCACGCCGAAGGCUCUUCAUUGGGUGCCAGAGUGGGCAAACAAUUUGGACCCAUCAGGGAGAGCUGCAUGGGGAGUCCACAAUGCUGCCAACAAGACCUUAGUCACUGCCGAUGUUGUCGACUACACACAAAGCACCAAAUCCUCUGCAAAUGAAGCUGCCAAAAAUGGCCUCAAUGGUCACCAUUGAGCAUCUCUCUUUCUUUCCUUCAUGAAUGCCUUUAUGAGUCCCAACGUUCGAAUAAAAUAAAAUUUCUAAUUGUUGUGAUGAUUUCGAGUCAUGAAGUCCCUUUAUUGAUUAGGAAUUAUAUAUUUGAGAUUACAAGUAAGGGUGUCCUUGGGUGGAGAAAUGUGUGUUUUGAAUAAGAUUGAUGUUAUUCUUGGGUUAUUGAAUAAGAUAAUCUUUAUCUUUCUUUUUGAAUUUCUCA